AUGCCUGCUACUACUGUAUUUUCAUACAUUGUACCAAGAACUGUAUCUCCUGUAAUUCCCCAAAUAAUGCCUAUGUUGGAUCAAUCUCAAUUAUCUAAUCCUUUUACUGAUCCAUUUUCAAAUCAAUUUAAUGAUUCAUCAUUAAAUCAAAAUCCUAAUCAAUUUACAUUUCCUAAUACAAAUUCAACAUCAAAUGAUUUACAACAACCACCAAUUACAACUCUUAAUUCUUCUGAGAAUACAUCAUCAAUACCUGUUAAUGAUGAUGAAGAAUUAGAUAAACAAUUUGCUACUUUAAAAAAAUUGAUUGAUGAAAUAGGCAAUUCUAAACCAAAUAGUGCUGAACAGUGUAUUAUACAACCAACAUUACCAAUGUGUCCAACUCAACCCCCUAAAAUUAAAAAUGGGUGUUCAAUAGAUAGUUUAAUGGGAUGUUCUAAUAAACCUAAACCUGCUGAUAAAUGUUCCAUAAAUAACAUAAAGAUGUGUAAAACAUCAUUUUUAAGUAAUUUAACAGAAAAUAAUAAUUCAUCAUCCUUAAAAGGAAAUAAUUUAGUUGAGAAAAGUAAUUUAGAAGGAAAAAGUAAUUUGAUUAAAAAUGAUAAAACAAAUACAGAAAAUAAUAAAAAAAAGUCAUUAAUUUCUAAAAUGAAAGAGUUGUUAAAGUCUAAAUUAACAACCUCUAAUUUGAUAAAACAACCCGAAAUAGCCGAAGCAUACACCGAGAAUCAGGAACCCAAUGACACUGUUCUUUUAAGUGAUUUAAUCAACCAUUAA